CUCAAGUACUGAACAAGCCAAUCUGAGUGCUUGCUAAUCUUUAUCUUUUUUCACUGCCAUGGAAGCCGCCGCAUCAGAAAUACUCAUCGAUUUCCCUCCUAUGCUCCGCUCCUACAAGGAUGGUCGCAUCGAGAGGUUUUUAGGCACUCAAAUCGCCCCACCGGGCCUCGACCCCAAAACCAACGUCGAAUCCAAAGACGUCGUUUACUCCCAAGAAGCCUCCCAGUCCGCAAGGAUUUACAUCCCCCCAAACGCCACCGGAAAACACCCUCUCCUCGUGUAUUUCCACGGCGGAGGCUUUUGCGUAGAGACCGCCUACUCCCCCACGUAUCACAAUUACUUAAACCCCUUGGUCGCCGAGGCUAACAUCGUGGCCGUCUCAGUCGAUUACCGGCUAGCCCCGGAGCACCCCCUCCCCGCUGCCUACGACGAUUCGUGGGAAGCCGUUAAAUGGGUCGCUUCCCAUCGCGACGGAAACGGCCCUCAAGAAUGGCUGAACCGCCAUGCUGAUUUGAACAACAUUUAUUUCUCGGGUGAUAGCGCCGGAGCCAAUAUUGCCCACCACAUGGCUGUUAAAAUGACCAAAGAAAAGAUCGAUGGUGUUCAUCUCGACGGUAUCGUUUUAGCUCAUCCUUAUUUCUGGGGAAAAGAACCAGUCGGCGACGAGACUAAGGAUCCGGCCAUAAGGGACAAAAUAGAUGUGCUUUGGAGAUUGUCCUGUCCGAAUACCAGUGGGACCGAUGACCAAUGGAUCAACCCCAUUGAUGACCCGAGCUUCGGGAACUUGGGGUGCAACCGGGUGCUCGUUUGCGUUGCUGAGAAGGAUAUUCUGAAACAGAGAGGCUUGUAUUACUGCGAGAAGUUGAAGCAAAGUGGAUGGGGCGGUGAAGUGGAGCUGAUGGAGGCUAAAGGAGAGGAUCAUGUCUUCCAUCUGCACAACCCCAAUUGCGAAAAUGCUGCGGCUAAGCUGAAGAAAGUUGCAGAUUUCAUCAACCAGGGUAAGGCUUAAAACUAGUAUUUCUCUUAAUUGUUACAAGUACCACUCUAUCAAUUGAAAAAGCAUGCGCUAGCUAUGACUAUGGGGGUGAGUAUUGGUGUUACUUUUUAUUUCAAUGAAAUGUGCUGCUACUUGAUAAUC